GGGGCUCCGAGCGGUCUCGCAGGCUGCGGCGGCUUAGGGAAGAGGCGUCCACAGCACCCGGAGCCGGCGGCCGAGCAGCGCGGCGGAGACUGCAGGAAGCCCAGGACCCACAGCAGCUGUGCCAUUAUCUGGAGCAGAAUCAAGCGUUUCUCUGGGAGGCCAGAGGUGACUUUGUCAGCACUGCCGACCAGCCGGUUCCCAGCUGUCGCAGGAUAUUACUCCCUCAAGGACAGACUCUCAGGGGCCACAGUCGUGACUUGGGGAGCCAUUGGCCGUGUCCUCACAGCUGUUCCACUGGUUUGUUCCCUUGCCUGGAUUGGUGACACACACAGAACCUCUAGAACCAUUCCCAGGUUUGCUGGCAUGGGAAACCUGCUUAAAGUCCUGACCAGGGAAAUUGAAAACUAUCCACAUUUUUUCCUGGAUUUUGAAAAUGCCCAGCCCACAGAAGGAGAGAGAGAAAUAUGGAACCAGAUCAGUGCUGUUCUCCAAGAUUCUGAAAGCAUCCUUGCAGACCUGCAGGCUUACAAAGGCGCAGGCCCCGAGAUCCGAGAUGCAAUUCAAAAUCCCAAUGACAUUCAACUUCAAGAAAAGGCUUGGAAUGCAGUGUGUCCCCUGGUUGUGAGGCUAAAGAGAUUUUAUGAGUUUUCCAUACGCCUAGAAAAAGCUCUUCAGAGUUUAUUGGAAUCUCUGACUUGUCCGCCGUAUACACCAACCCAGCACCUCGAACGGGAGCAGGCCCUGGCAAAGGAAUUUGCAGAAAUUUUACAUUUUACGCUUCGAUUUGAUGAGCUGAAGAUGAGAAACCCAGCUAUUCAGAAUGAUUUCAGCUACUACAGAAGAACAAUAAGUCGUAACCGCAUCAACAACAUGCAUCUAGACAUUGAGAAUGAAGUUAAUAAUGAGAUGGCCAAUCGAAUGUCCCUCUUCUAUGCAGAAGCCACACCAAUGCUGAAAACUCUUAGCAAUGCCACAAUGCACUUUGUCUCUGAAAACAAAACCCUGCCAAUAGAGAAUACCACAGACUGCCUCAGCACGAUGACAAGUGUCUGUAAAGUCAUGCUGGAAACUCCGGAGUACAGGAGCAGGUUUACAAGUGAAGAAACACUGAUGUUCUGCAUGAGGGUCAUGGUGGGGGUCAUCAUCCUCUAUGACCACGUGCACCCUGUGGGAGCUUUCUGCAAGACAUCGAAGAUUGAUAUGAAAGGCUGCAUAAAAGUGUUGAAGGAACAAGCCCCAGAUAGUGUGGAGGGGCUACUUAAUGCCCUCAGGUUCACUACAAAGCACUUGAAUGAUGAGUCGACUUCCAAACAGAUUCGAGCAAUGCUUCAGUAGAGCUCUGCUCAGAGAGGAGGAUCUAUGUGCUGACCUCAGAAGAUGUAUAUGUUUACAUAAUUUAAUGCAGAUUGAUGUUAAUACUUGUGUAUUUACAUAACCAUUUCCUCCUUGUCACUGAAAUAUGUGGACCUUAAUUUGUAUCCUGACUGACUCAACCCAGCAGAGCAUAAAUUGACUUGAGAGCCUUACCUUGGAUGUCUAAAAUGAAACUCCUUUCUCCAGAGGCCAAUGUGGAAGUGGAUCUUGGCUACUGGAGUCCUUUAAUGACACCUGUAACAAUCAGAAAUUCCUAAUAGUUUGUGGUAGUGUUUUAAUUCUAGAUGUAUUAUCUCUCUGGGAAGUAUAGUUUAUAGGAACACAAAGUAUUUGGUUUCCUAUGUCAGCUCAGAUACAAGAAACACAACUGUUAUCCUGACAGAGGGAUAAAGGAAUCCAAGAAAAGAAAAAUGCAUGUGGAGAAUGGAGCCCAAGUGUUCUGAAUUCAGCACGCCCCCUCUUUCCUCCGCCUGCAAACUCCACGUGCAGCUUUUCUGUGUGCACGUGUUUUAUUAAUCUGCACAUUCUUUUCUGUCUAGAUUUGCAUCCCUUUAGCAUUCCUUUUACUUUUUGCAAGAGGAAAAUCACUUGUAUUUUAAUAGCUAGUAAACAUGCAGGGGGAUAGAUAGCCAGUUCUCACAGCUGGACUGAGGAAAGUGGUUGUCUUGAGUUUUAGAGAGAGCUGGCAAAAGGGCAGUCAUCUCUCUGCGUGAACCCUCUGCCUGCCCUCUGCCUGCAGGGAUAGGAAAACGGCGCUCUAGCUUUGAGGUCAUAGGGAAGUUUGCUUACCUCCUACGGAGUUGUCUACAGAGUGCUGGGCACACAGCCAACCCCUCCUGCUAGGGGAAUCUUCUGACUCUAUUUAUGUGGAUGAUUAAUAUCAGAACAGAGACCUAAGGCACUUUGUUAGUUAACAGAAUUUAGAGAGAGGAAAUAUACAUUUUUCUAAUUACCUGGUACUUUAAAAGGUCAUCUCUCUCUUUCUCCACUGCUAGCUUAUUAUAGUGUUACAAUCUCCAAGAGCCCUGGAAGGCUAGGAGUCCAUACAGUGGCUACCUCUGCCAUGUUCCCUUCAUGCAUAGAUCCCAUUGAACAUUGCCCCACCUGUCUUGAUAAUUGAUAAGACAAGGCCUGCAGUCGUUCUGCUGUAGCUCAGAGCUAUGUUAGGCUGGGCUCUUGGGAACCUAUUUUGACUUCCAAUGGAAAAAUGAGACCCAGAGCAUGUGGAUACUCAGGAUGGCUCCCAAGUCAGACUAGAUAUCUGGAUGCUUUCUGCCUGACUCUUGCUCUUCUCCAUGUGGCCUGGGAACAUAUAUGAUAGGAUAGAUGGAUCCUUGAGAGAAGUCCUCAGUCUACCCUGUAUUACUUUCUGUCACUGCUAGAAGCAAUUUCCAAGACAGUGAGUGAAUAGUAAUUCUGGAAGUAGGGUGUGGGAACAUCAGGGUUGGUACUGUUUGAAAUAUUACAAGGAAGGAGUUGUGAGAAACCAUUCAUUAGUGGCCAUCAGGCAUUCCCUUGAAUCAUCUGAGAAAAGCAACUAAAUACUUGUUGUGUAUAAAGAAGAAAUACAGUUACAUGGCAGGAAAGAUUCCUUAGUCUAUGUCAGCAUCAGUGAACAGAGGAAAGGCCUUUUCCAGAGUUUUCAAGCAGAGCAAGUACAGCUGUUUGGAUGGAGGUUUCCUCUUUAGAACAGAGUUGUUCUAGAUAGCGUCCAAGACCUUUGCAAAUAUAGGAAUUCUCAAAUUGGUGGAAGCAGCCAGAAAGUGUGGUAGUGUAUGGUAGGCAACGUUGUGGAACUUUCAGCUUUCAGCAGGCUUCAUGAGACAGUCCCAACACUGCUUGGGCAGCUGUCAAGCCUAGGAGAUGUGAAUAGUCUGACUAUCAUGGAACCUUUUACUCCUUCCUCAGUUUGGGUGAUGAAGAUAUAAAGAAAAGAACGGGCUGCCCAGUCCCCAGUGAGCUUUUCUUGAGGCACAGUCACAGAACUCGAACCCAAGCCAUGCAUCAACACCACAGCUGCCUCUCAGUCGGCUACAUAUGAAAACAUUAAGGAUUAUCUGUCAAAUUAUAUAUACAUAUAUAUAUAUAUAUAAAUAGUUGAGCACAUUUAUAAUUUUUAAUUAAACUUUUUAUCAAAUGGGACCAAACAUGUAUGGGGCUGCUGGACUGCUUCAAUUUAGCCACCAGACUCCAAGCUUGGAUUCAACAAGGUGUGGAUUCUGAGAAGCCUGGGGUCUGAAUUACUGCCUCUGGUUAUCAGAGGGACAGGCUGAGUGUCUGUGAUCACUAACAGGAGAUGGACCUUGGGUCCAGAGCUGUUGUGGGAGACAAGUACUCUUAAUACACUGCCCAAUAGGUACCAGGAGUCCUUGAACAAUCAAUUUUCUUUUGCUUAUUUUUUGGUGCUGUAUGCACAUGUGUCCAAGAUUCACGGGUGGAUUAGGGGAAAGUUCUAGCAACAAUGUCCAUGUUAACUAUAUUUCAUAUUUGAUGUCUCAGUUUUCAAAUAAACAGUGUUUUCCAUG